UGCAUGACGUCACAUCCUUUUCCUUUUGUCCGCCACUGCAGCGCACAACACCGCACACUAAUAAAAUAUAAAAUAAGACGAAAUGGGGAAGAAACACAAGAAGCAUAAACCGGAAUGGAGAACUGUUGAUGAUUAUGAGGACAAGGCUCUUGAAAAACCCCUGAAGCUUGUGCUGAAGGUUGGAGGAAGUGAGGUAACAGAACUCUCUGGUUCUGGACAUGACUCAAGCUAUUAUGAUGACAGAUCAGACCAUGAGCGAGAACGGCACAAAGAGAAAAAGAAGAAAAAAAAGAAAAAGUCUGAAAAAGACAAAGACAAGUAUGUGGACGACGACGAGCGAAGACGUCGGAAGGAGGAAAAGAGGAAGAAGAGAGAGCGAGAGCAGAAUGAAUCGGAGGUAACAGGUGCUGCAGGUGCUGGUGUGCCAGUUGAACCUUUUACUUUGUCAAAAACCUUACGUAUUGGAGUAGAGCCAGAAGAGAAGAAGAAAAAGAAAGAGAGAUUUGACAUUGAGUCUGAGGUGGAGGAGUUUCACCCUCCCGUAAAGGUGGAAGUAGAGCAGCAAGGGGACAGGCCGGUCCGAGCCUGCCGGACACAACAAGAGAAUGAAUCCACUCCUCGUCAACAACUGCUAGAGCACUUCUUGCGCCAAUUGCAAAGAAAAGACCCCCAUGGAUUCUUCUCAUUUCCGGUAACAGAUGCAAUCGCUCCUGGCUACUCGACGAUCAUCAAGCAUCCCAUGGACUUCAGCACUAUGAAAGACAAAAUUAUAAACAAUGAGUACAACACAGUUACAGAGUUUAAGGCGGAUUUUAAGCUGAUGUGUGAUAAUGCAAUGGUGUACAACAGGCCAGAGACUGUCUAUUACAAAGCCGCCAAGAAACUACUCCAUACAGGAUUCAAAAUGAUGAGUAAGGAUCGGCUGUUGGCACUGAAGCGAAGCAUGUCUUUCAUGCAGGACAUGGAUUUUACCCAACAGGCAGCCAUUUUGGGAGAUGAAGAUCUUACAGCUGAUUUACCUCCUCCAGAGAUAAUCCCUGUUCCUGUGGAAUCAACUAAGAGGUCCAGGAGACAACCAGCCAAAGACAUGAAUUACCUGUUUGAACCAGAGGGAAAUGCUUGUAGUUUGACUGACAGCACAGCAGAGGAGCAUGUUCUGGCACUGGUGGAACAUUCUGCAGAUGAAGCUCGGGAUCGUAUCAACCGAUACAUGCCCACCUCUAAGAUGGGCUACUUGCGUAAAGACACAGAUGGUUCUGUUCUCUAUACUGUUGUAAAUCAACUGGAUCCAGAUGCAGAAGAAGAGGAGACCCAUAAGGUGGACCUGAGUUCUCUAUCAAAUAAGCUUCUGCCUGGACUAACGACUUUGGGCUUCAAAGAUGACAGGAGACAUAAAGUUACAUUUUUGAGUAGUGCCUACAACAUUCAGAGCCUUCAGAAGAACUCGAUCUUUCCGGAUCUACUACCCGAUGAGGUGGACAUGCUUUAUUCAGCCUAUGGGGAUGACACUGGAGUGCAAUGUGCUCUUAGCAUACAGGAAUUUGUCAAGGGCUGUGGAACUGUCACCAAGCGCUGGGUCGAUGGGCUUCUGGACAAAAUGACUGCAGGCGAUCACACAUCAUCUGUCAAUCAAAUCCGGCAGAAAAGAAACAUGAUGUUGAAACCUGAUGAAAUCAAGAACAACAUUUGUGACAUACAGAUGGCAGAUUGUACUGGCUUGAUGGAGAGCGGAUCGGUGCUGGACUUCAUGUCAAUGAAGAACUAUCCUGAUAUGUCUCUGGACAUAUCCAUGUUGAACUCUUUAGGUAAAACUGUGAAGAAGGAGCCGGGCAAUGAAGAGGGCCAACAACACUUUGACGAUGCAGACAAACUCCUGCAAGAGUUCCAAGAGGCUCAGGUGGAUAGAGUUGGGUCAAGACCCUCUUCCAACCUUUCCUCCCUCUCCAAUGCCUCAGAAAGGGACCAGCACCACCUAGGCAGCCCAGCACACCUUGGUGUUGGCGAUCAGCCCGAAAUGGUUCAUGACCCCUAUGAGUUCAUGCAGUCUCCAGAGCCAGAGACGACCAGCAGCAGCUGACCACAUACAUCACUUUUUUCAUCUUGGUGCCAACAGAACCACCUACUCUGUGUUCGACGUUAAAACCUGUGGGCAAAAGCAGGAACCUCUAACCAGUUCUGAAUGCUUUAAAUAUGAUUGUACAGUGUGUAGUUUAAUUUUAUGGGUUUGUAAGAGUGCAGCAAUUGAAAAAUAAAAUGCUUGCACCUGUGUUUUUAA